UACUGUGACUGUCAACGCAAUGAGUAACCAUCAACAAUACCACGCGUACUGUACUCCCCCACCGCAAACACCAUGGCAGAGAAGGCACAAAAUCCCAUGAAGGAGCUCCGCAUCGCCAAGCUUGUCCUUAACAUUUCUUUGGGCGAGUCUGGUGAUCGUCUUACCCGUGCUGCCAAGGUUUUGGAGCAACUCUCCGGUCAAACUCCCGUCUUCUCCAAGGCCCGUUACACCAUUCGUCGUUUUGGUAUCCGUCGUAACGAGAAGAUCGCCGUCCACGUUACCGUCCGUGGUCCCAAGGCUGAAGAGAUCUUGGAGCGUGGUCUCAAGGUCAAGGAGUUCGAGCUCAAGAGAAGAAACUUCUCCGCUACCGGUAACUUCGGUUUUGGUAUCCAAGAGCACAUUGACUUGGGUAUCAAGUACGACCCUUCUAUCGGUAUUUACGGUAUGGACUUCUACGUUGUCAUGGACCGCCCUGGUAUGCGUGUUGCUCGUCGUAAGGCUCAACGCUCUCGCAUUGGUGCUCCUCACAAGAUCAACGCCGACGACACCAUCCAGUGGUUCAAGCAAAAGUACGACGCUAUUGUCUUGAACAAGUAGAUUUAGCCUUUAAAUCAAACUUGGUGAGCGUUAAGAGA